AUGAGCCUUCCAACUGUUCAACACAUCUCAGAAUGCUUCAUCAAGCCACAAUACACUUCAGAGGAGUCAAAACAACCCAUUCACUUGGCUCUAUGGGAUCUUGCAAUGCUCUCUGUCCACCACAUACAGAAGGGCCUUUUCUUUCCCAAGCCACCUCCAUCUUCAGAUGAUCCAAAACAACCCAUUAAUGAUCUCUUGACCAAUCUUAAAGAGUCCCUCUCUCUCACACUCCUCCAUUUUUACCCACUCGCAGGCCGCCUUGCAACAAUCAAACAAGAAAAUCCACCUUCUUAUACAGUCUUUAUCGAUGUCGAAAACAGUCCUGGUGCCAAAUUUAUCUAUGCAGUUUUGGACUCGACAAUAUCAGAUAUUCUUUCACCAGUUGAUGUGCCCCUGGUUGUUCAAUCUUUUUUCGAUCAUGACAGGGCUAUCAACCAUGACGGUCACACUGUAUCUUUGUUAACUAUUCAAGUGACAGAGCUAAUUGAUGGUAUUUUCAUUGGGUGUUCAAUCAACCAUAGUGUUGCUGAUGGCACCUCUUUCUGGCGUUUCUUCAAUGCCUGGUCUGAGAUUUUCGAAGCGAAAAGGAAGAAUUUAUCAAAUUUUUCGAUCUCAAGGCUACCAAUUCACAAUCACUGGUUUCCUGAAGGUCAUGGUCCAAUGAUCAAUCUCCCAUUUACCCACCAUGAUCAGUUCCUCAGUAGACAUGAAGCACCCAAAUUGAGGGAAAGAUUCUUCCACUUUUCAUCAGAGUCUUUGUCAAAACUCAAAGCAAAGGCAAAUUCUGAGUUCAACACCAAUAAAAUCUCCUCAUUGCAGGCCUUAUCUGCACUUAUCUGGAGGUGCGUGACACGGGUUCGUCGUCUUCCCUAUGAUCAACAAACCAGUUGCAGAAUGGCAAUCAAUAACAGAACAAGGUUGGAUCCACCAUUGCCUGAAGACUAUUUCGGAAAUUCGAUUCAAACGGUGAGAGGAAUCACCACAGCUGGUGAACUGCUUGAACAUGGACUUGGGUGGGCUGCGUGGCUACUACACCAGGCCGUGACUAGCCACAGUGACAAAUUGACUCGCGAAUGGGUUGAGUCGUGGCUGGCGUCACCUUUCAUAUACCAGCUGGGUCAGUUCUUUGAUCCUUGUAGCAUCAUGAUGGGAAGUUCACCAAGGUUUGAUAUGUAUGGGAAUCAAUUUGGAUUGGGAAAAGCAGUGGCGAUUCGAAGUGGGUAUGCGAAUAAGUUUGAUGGGAAAGUGAGUUUGUAUCCUGGAAGAGAAGGUGGAGGAAGCAUGGACUUGGAGGUGUGCCUUUCGCCGGAUUCUAUGAGAUCUCUUGAAAGUGACGAGGAGUUCAUGAAUGCUUUAGAUUUGUCGACUGAGAUACAUUGAUUUUGUGGUUCCAUCUUCUGUGCUUGUUCUUUUUUUUUUUAUCCGUUUAGAUUGUUCGAGUUUGUAUUAUGCUCUCAUUCCCCAUCUUGUCUAUCAUGAAUGCUUUGGAUGACAACUAAUGUAGUCAAGUUCAUGUACUCACUCCGGUUAUAUGGCUUAUUUAAUCAUGC